UCUAAAUGCACCAUCCGUUCGCUGCUGCACCUUUCACUUCAUUUUGCAGCCACAGCGGAAAAUAAAUAAUGAAAAACAAUGUCAAGGAUAAGGACAGCAGUGUCUCCAGAGUAAGGGACUGAUCAUGGCCUCUCGGUGGAGAGAAGCUCCUCGCUGCCGCUCCGAGGAGCCUGCAGUCAGCCUGGAAGCAGCUGAGGCGCCCCGGCGACAGGAACCGUCUGAAGACACCGGGGAGCCGCUGCAGGAGCUUCCCAAAUGGAUGCGGCUCUACCUCUACGGCAUGCACGGAGUGACUCUGGAUGUGCUGUUCUCCUCUCUGCAGGGGAUUUUAACCAGUCGGGACUUUAAGCUGGUGGGCUUCUCGUCUCCGUAUCUGUGCGUCAUGCACGCGCUGACCCACUUUGCGCUUGAGAAGAUCUACUCCCAGAAGAAGAGCUUCCAAGGUCGGCCUGUGGUGUUCCACCUGGUCUUCUAUCCAUCUGUCUUCAUCGGGCUGCAGCUCCUCAUAGGGAACAUCAGCACUCUGACCGAGCAGGUGCGAGUGGUGUCAGGGACGCAGCUGGUGGUCCACUACAUCCUGGCUCUGUAUUUCUCCCAGGUGUUUCAUAAAGGUCUGUCCAACCUGCAUUACAGACCCUCCUCCAGCUGCGCGGAUCUCUGCAGGAGCCUCGGUGGUCCGGGUGCGCCUCCUUCGCGCGCCCUCCCUGGGUUCGUGCGCUUCUUGUUUUUUGGCAUGCAUGGUUUUUUGGACGAGGUUCUCUUCACGUCUCUGUUCAACCUGGUGGAGAAAACCGACGGGACCCUGGGGGGCCACACGUCCCUGUGGUCUUUCCUGAUGUACGGAAGCUGCAGCUUUGUGGUGGAGAAGCUCUACUUCCACCUGCACUUCGGCCGAGGAUGGGGGACCUGGCGGCGCCUGCCAAUCUAUGUCUGCUUCAUCUACACCUGGGAGUUCUGCUGUGGGCUGCUCCUCAGGCAGUUUGACGCCUGCUCCUGGGAUUACUCCCACUACCCGCACAAUUUCAUGGGACUCAUUACUAUCCUGUACCUGCCAGGCUGGGUGAUCCUGAGUUUGUACCAGGACGUGUUGACCAACGUGCUGUUGAGAAUAAGGUGCACCAAAGAUCUAGACUGUGAGAGUGGAGGAAAUGGAGAGGUCAAUGGGCAAGCUAAGAAAAAAUGAUUUAAUCUGACCCCUCACAUAUAUGCCUCACUAUUGAAAUGAAUUAUGAUAAUUCAGGUUCAUCUCAGCAACUUGGAAUAUCAUCAAAAAGUUUAUAUAUAUAUAUAUCUCUUCCUAAUUAAAAGAAUUAGAUUGAUUACCAGAAGGAUAAUCUUAAACCUGAAAUGUUGGGAAUCAUGACCUUGUCUUACAAAUACAAAAAUUUGUAAGACAAUGAAACCACUUGUUUUUUUGUUUUUGUUUUUUUGCAAAUUUACCCUAAAUAAUAAGGAAUUACAACAUUUAUAGACCUACAGCUAAACUCAGAGUCAUGAUAUUCUAGUAAAAACUCCAACAUGGGCUAAAAUCAUCAUUUACUUCAUGGCGAUGAAGUAAACAUAACUGGUCUUUAUCGUGGAAAGUUAAGUGGAAGGAUAAAAGUGUGGUAAAAAAUGCCAAAAGUAAGCCUUAAACAUUGUUUACCAGUCUGGCCGUUUAGUUUUUGCUUCAACUGAGCAAAUUAAUGGAAAGUUGAGUGAAAUGAAAAAGUGUGCAGAAACUUGCCAUUAUAAAUGCAGCUUGUUAUACAGUAAUUAAUGAGGAUCAUAAUUAAUGUUCUUGGAAGUGUUUACUUCUAUUCAUUUGGAUUCAAAUUCCUUUCGGCCAAUGAAAAAUCUUAAUUUCUUCUGAAAAUUUGAACAUUACAUAAACAGAAAAAAAAAAAAAAACUGGGAGCCAUCCCCAUUAUGUGCAGGUCAACGUUUUUUCCAAUCUGACAGACACCAAGUAAAGAAUUACAGGAAACUGUUGCAGAAACCUUCAGUUUAAAGAAUUUUGUAUGUAAGCGAUUCAAUGGGAAGUUCGUUGGAAGGAAAACAUGUUGAGAAAGGUAGCUGUUAAUACUACCUUGGCCUCCCUUAUUUAUCUAAAAAAUUUUAGAAAUAUUUCUGAUCUUGUUUUAAAACUGAUCAUCUUCACUCAGAACCCUAUGACAGCUAUAGCCAGUGGCAUUUUGACAGUAAUUUCUCCUUCCACUCAACUUUCCUUUCAUAUUCUUCAAAACAGAACAAAGUAUAGCAAGUUUCUUUACUAAUGAUUACCUUAAAAGUCUUUAUUUGUCUUCAUAUUCUAAUGAACCAAAGCUCAUUAUCUUUAAGCCAUAAUUAUCAACAUUAAACCUGAAAGGUCUUAAUUUAUGUAUAAUAAAUGUAUGCUAACUACACACUGUCACUUUAAUUGAAUGACUGAAAUCAUUAAACUUUUAAAGAUAUUGUAAUUUAUUGAGAUGAACCCAUUUAUUAUAUUGAACAGCUUCUAAUGUUCGCUUUAUGAUGUCCAUGAAGACCCUUGACUGUUUCAUACCCACCCAUGAACUUACUGCCAUUGUAUUAGAAAAGGGAUUGUAAUACUAGAAUAUUUUAUAGCGCCAUACUUCUAUAACUGUUUGGAUGCCUAAAGUUUUGUGGAAAACUAAAUUUGGGAUUCCUCAUACAUGUAAUGUAAUUUAGAGCAAUUCUGUUUUUCUGGAGUAAAUGAUUCAGUUUUUGAAUAAGCUGAAACUUGAAAAGUAACAUGGAAGUUUUAUUAUGUUUUAUAAUCAA